AUGAGACUCGCGUACGUGGGUGAGCAGGUGAUCCAGUGUGGAAGCGCCGAAGCCGCAGAGCGAACAGUGCGCCGACACUCCACUGGCUUCGCGCGCGGCGGCGGAGGCGCGGAAGGCGGCAGGCGCGUCACUGCUGGCCUUGCGCUUCUUGGAGGUUCGAGGCUGCUUGGUGGCAGCACCUGCCGCGGCGGCAGCGGGGGUCACUUGCGGCCGUGCCGACGCCAUGGGGCUGCUACUGUUGACGCUCGAUCUUCAGUGACGAGUGGGGUUUUGCCGUCGCAGGAGCCGGUAGCUCUGCUGGUCUGA